AUGAGGGCUCAGAAGCAGCACCCCAAAAGAAAAUACAGUGUGGCCUCAUUUUUAUGGCACCCUCAGGGAAAGAGUGAUAUCGACUACAGAGUCAACAUCUUCCUGAGGCAGCAGUGGAAUGACCCCCGUCUGGCCUACAAUGAGUACCCUGACGACUCCCUGGACCUUGACCCGUCCAUGUUGGAUUCCAUCUGGAAGCCUGACUUGUUCUUUGCCAAUGAGAAGGGGGCCCACUUCCAUGAAAUCACCACUGACAAUAAACUGCUGAGAAUCUCCCGGAAUGGCAAUGUCCUCUACAGCAUCAGAAUCACCCUGACACUGGCGUGCCCAAUGGACCUGAAGAAUUUCCCAAUGGAUGUACAGACAUGUAUCAUGCAACUGGAAAGCUUUGGAUACACCAUGAAUGACCUCAUCUUUGAGUGGCAGGAACAGGGAGCUGUGCAGGUGGCAGACGGACUGACCCUGCCUCAGUUUAUCCUGAAGGAGGAGAAGGACCUGAGAUACUGCACCAAGCACUACAACACAGGUAAAUUCACCUGCAUUGAAGCUCGAUUUCACCUGGAGCGACAGAUGGGCUACUACCUGAUCCAGAUGUACAUUCCCAGCCUGCUCAUUGUCAUCCUGUCCUGGAUCUCUUUCUGGAUCAACAUGGAUGCUGCACCAGCUCGCGUGGGACUGGGCAUCACCACUGUGCUCACCAUGACCACACAGAGCUCUGGUUCCCGAGCCUCACUACCCAAGGUGUCAUAUGUGAAAGCUAUUGACAUUUGGAUGGCUGUUUGUCUGCUCUUCGUGUUCUCGGCCCUGCUGGAAUACGCGGCCGUGAACUUCGUGUCUCGGCAACACAAGGAGCUGCUGCGAUUUAGGAGGAAGCGGCGACAUCACAAGGAUGAUGAGGGUGGAGAAGGCCGCUUCAACUUCUCUGCCUAUGGGAUGGGCCCAGCCUGUCUGCAGGCCAAGGACGGCAUCUCUGUCAAGGGUGCCAACAACAACAACACCACCAACCCCGCUCCUGCACCAUCCAAGUCCCCGGAGGAGAUGCGGAAACUCUUCAUCCAGAGAGCCAAGAAGAUUGACAAGAUAUCACGCAUCGGUUUCCCCAUGGCCUUCCUAAUCUUCAACAUGUUCUACUGGAUCAUCUACAAGAUUGUCCGGAGAGAGGAUGUCCACAACAAGUGAAGGCUCAGGGGUGGGGUGGGGGGUCGGGAGAGGGUGGUGGGAGGAGCACAGAGGCUGGGAGCCAGGGGAGGAGGGAGAAAGAGAGAAUGCACACACAUCUCCCUCCAUCAAGUGCAAUAGAAACCACAGGGGUGGGUACUUCCAGGGUAUGGCAAUAUUCAUCUAGCCUUCGAGGGCAGGAGGUGGUGGGGGGCCUUUUCGAAUUCAGCAACUGAGGACCAUGAGGGGUGGGGUGGGGGUCAGGGAGGGGGAUUGGGGAAUCACAGCUUUCAAAAUUCAAGUCCAUUGGUUUGAUUGGGGGUCUUCUGUUUGGAGGUCAGUGCCACCUGCCCAGAGCAGGAAAGCAGUGUAAUAUAUGACAUAUAACCAUGCUUACCAUUAAUGCAAAAACCUACGAGAGCAAAAGAUGCGUCUCUUAAAUCAGCCUAGUAACUGCUUAAACUUUUUAAAGUCCCCAGCGUGAUGAACAACUUUUCCCAGAGUAGAAAUGGUCACUAAUAAGCUCGCUGUGGUAUGUGCCCACAUCACACCCUUACCAAUGCCAUGUCUAUCUUCAAACUGACUCCCGUGGACACAUGCCAAAAAGCCACUCCGCCUCUGCUUCAAGAG